UCACUUUGAUACCGGAACUCCUAAGUCUGCACCUGCAUGAUGAGAUAGUGAGGGCAACAUUAUAACAAGGUGCUGAUCUCAUUCAUCCGAUCGAGGUUUGCGUCCUCGUAAUUUUGGUGCAAGCCUUUAAUGUCAUGCGUGACAAAUAUAUACAUGUACAUGUUUAACAAGGAAAGUGUCAGUGAAAAAUAAAACGGAUUUUUGAGCUGCAUAAAAACACAGACUUUUGAAAUGGAUGAAACAGACAAAAGGAAACUGACGUCAAAUAGAAGUUACCUGGUGAAAAACAUCUAUAAACCCAUGAGCGUGGUAGACAAACUUAUGGAAGAGCGUAUAAUUACAGACGGAAUGAAACAAGACAUUGAGGCUGAGCGUACAAAUGAUGAUAGAAAUAGAAAGCUAUUAGAUAUAAUUCCAAGAAGAGGACCGAAAGCGUUUGAAGAAUUCCUCAAAGCCCUUGUUCGAACAGAUAAUGAAUUUAGUGCUGAGCAGAUAAGUCCGGGAGCUGGACAGAAGUACAGAGAAGUGAUGACAUCCAGUCAGAAAGGAAUGGUUUCUCCCUCGGAAGAAAAUCAUCAAUUCCCGCCGCCUGUGAUUGCCCUCCCUACAAGAUGGCCAACUGAACAAGAUUGCGUGACAGAUUUUGUAGUAAAAGAGUGUGGUGAUGCAGCUAAAGUCUUGUGGAACAGUGACACGUGCUAUAAAAUGAUGGGUAAACCUCGCGGACGUGUCUUAUUGUUCAACAACUUUGUAAUAGUUGAUUACAAAGAGAAGAUCGAUGGAGAAUGGAAGACUAAACUACAAAAAAGAGAAGGAACGAUCAAGGAUGAAGAGAGUCUGCGAAGAUUGUUUGAACAGUUACAUUUUGAUGUAGAGGUGAAAAAAGAUAGAAAACUUAAUCAAAUGAGGGAGGACAUUAAGGAGGAGAAAGAUCGUCCAUUUCACAAGACUGCCGACUGCUUUAUCCUGGUUUUCCUGAGCCAUGGUUCAUCCGAUGGGAUCUAUGGAAUAGAUGGAAAAGUCCUUCCAACUGCUGAAGUAAAAAGCAGCUUCAAUAACCGGAACUUUAGCAGCAUGACAAACAAACCGAAACUGAUCUUCAUCCAGGCUUGUCGUGGAGACACAUAUGACAGUGGAGCCAAUUCGGCCGACAGUGUGGCAGAUGCAAAGCAAUCUUUUGGAGCCUUAAAUCUCAAUGUGCCUGAACCUGAGACUUUGGACCAGCCAGACAGUAAGGUUGAGAAAGCACCGUCAGAUGCUGACAUGUUUGUAGCUAACGCCACAACACAGGAUUACGUUUCCUUCCGUAACAUGAGGUAUGGAUCUUGGUUCAUUCAGGCACUAGUGUUUGUCUUCAGAAACUAUGCUUGUCAAGCCGAACUUCUCCAUAUGUUGACACUUGUCAACAAGCUAGUGUCUGAGGGAAGAGCCCUUGAUUCAGAAAAAAAAAUUGCAGUGGCAGUUUCUGAAUUCAACAGUACCCUCCGACACCAGUUCUACUUUUUCCCAGGAUUGACAGAGACUGCUGUUCAUUCUCCACAAAAUUAACUAAACCUCUCAAUCUUACCUUGUGCCUGUGGAAUAGUGUGGUGCGGCACUCAGUCACCUGUCACCUUUUUCAUGGAACAGCUUCUGAAGAACUGAAAGACCAAGGAUAAUGAUAUCUGGCUAGUAGCUUCUUGGGAUGGAAUACUAAAGUUACCUCAAAAAGGUGACCUUAACCUAAUUCCAAGGUCACCGGUCUAUACAUGUAAGCCAUGACCUUUUGCUAUGCAAUGAAUGACGCCAGGCAUUCACAUAUUUCUAACAUAUUGUUUUGAAGUUGAACAUGAACUUGGUCAAAGGUCAACAUAGACUGUUAUAGGUGAAAUGCUUCAGUUAGCUGAUGUUUACUAACUUUCUAGAUCAGAGGGGUCAACUUUCUCAAAAACUUAAAUUACCUCAUGGAAAAAAAUUGUGAGGUCCACGAUACUUUAUAUUGGACAUUGUAAUAUGCUUAAAGUUAGCAAGUGGAAAAAAAAAAAUAUCUUACACUGUGAUCAACUUUGAUAGCUGGCCAGGUACAAAGGUCAAUAAAACCUAAUAAUGGGUUAAAAAAAAAAAAAAAAAAA